AUGGUCGACGUUCCCGCCACGGGCACGAUCACGGUUCGCAUGCUGUUGACUGACCCGUGGGUGGAAAGCGAAGCCUCGGGCGACGCCAGCGCGAAGAAGUCCAAGCUGCUGCGAAAGCUCGACCGCAAGGAGGAGAAGGAGAAGCUCCGCGAGGAGAAGGAGAAGCUCAGAGAAGAGAAGGAGCAGAAGGUCAGGGAGGAGCGGCAGCGCUCCAAGACCGCCUCGCUCGGCUCCAUGCCUCCGCCCAAUACCUCCACACUGAACGGCAACAACAUCGAUCUGUCGCCCUACCUCAAAAUGAAUGAGGAGCCGAUCAAAGAGGGAAUGCUCGAGAUCAAAUCGCUGGGCAUCUGGCACAAGCGGUGGUUCGUCCUGUACGAGAACGGCAUACUGGCAUACCACAAGCCACACAAGAAGGACGAGCCUCUCGGCGAUUGCUACGGGUUGGUGGUGCUGUCCAAGUGUCGCACGGUUCUGUCGCAGAAGAACCGGAAACACGAGGAGCGCAUCGAGAUCGAGCACACGGAGAAGAAGCCCAUCUUCAGCACGCACUCGCUGACGGGCAAGAAGCUGACGUCGGCCCUGGCGCACCACCGCGGCAAGGCCCACGACUGCACGCUCCGAGUCACCAGCAGCGAGGACACCCAACGCUGGGUUCUAGCCCUGCGCUUCGCCUCCAAGGAGUCGGAUGCGGACCCGCUGGAGGGACUCGGGGCCAUCAACGAGGAGGGCACGUCCACCGCCGAGUCCUCGGAUGUGAUGACCGCCGUCGCCUGCGCGUCAGAUGACAGCAGCAACAGCGACGACGAUGACAACAACAACAACGAAAGCGAUGACAACAGCUCCAAGGCCAAGGAGACCGCGCGGCACGCCGAGCACGUGGGCGACCACCACUCGCCCCAUAAGAAGGACGAGGCCAGCAGCAGCGUGACCACCUCGACCACGGCGUCGACCACUCCUGCCCCUGCCCCCACCCCCACCUCCGCCCCUGCCAAGGAGCGGGUCUCCUUCGCAGCGCUGGCCUCCGCCCCUAUGCCUGGCCCAGCGCGAGGUCGUGGGCAUAGCGGCCCGCUGCUGCACCAGCGCCACAUGUCCGAUGAGGGCAAAGCCAAGGAGGCUCAGGCGGACGUCUCCUCCGCGCCCGCCAAGGAGGCCAACGCGUUCGUGGCCUCCGGCGGACGAUAUGUGGAAGAGGGAACCCUCAAAAUCCAAACCAAGACGGGCUGGGCGAAGUACGCCUUCAGACUGUACACCAACGGCCACCUCGCCUACUUCCACCCUGAUUUCGAGGAGCCGCUGGGUUUGAUCGCCCUGCGCAACUGCCAGUUGGUGCAGACCAGCCUGGCCAAGCUGCGCCAGGCCAUCGGCGGCGGAGACAAGUCCUACCUCGAGUUCCAAAUCGUGAACCCCUCCGCCGAGCCCCUGUUCGUCGGUGCCCAGCCCGCGCUCGGGCUACCCACCGUUCGCGGCAAGGCGGGGCUGAGCCCGGAGCUUGCGGCGCAAGCGGCCUACGAGGACAUUCCGGCCCUCGACCGCUGCCGCCUGCGAGCAAAGAACCACCGGCUCCUCACCCGGUGGACGACCGCCAUCCGCGACGAGAUCACGCUCCAGCUGGCCAGGGAGGAGUUGGUGGGGCUGGACGCGUUCGGCGGGAAGGAGGAGAAGAUCGACGAUGACUUCCUCGGCUACGCCAAUCUGAUGUCGCGCCCGACGAUCCGCCUGGACGUGCAGGUCCACAUCGGGCGCGCGCUGCGCCUCGACUGGCUGCCCCACUUCCAGCAGGUCAUCUCCGCGGCCAUCGAGAAGGGCAUCAAGAAGAAGCUGGUCUACCCGGCACGAAUGGAAUGCUUCAUUCCGUACCCCGGGCGCAAGCUCGACGUCGACCUGGUCGCGCCGCCGGCUCCGCAGCCCGUCAUCGUCGCCCCGGGCGCGGGCGCGCCAGCGCCGACGAAGAAGAACAAAAAGAUAUGGGACAUCUACACCUAUCUCGACUCCAAGAAGAACCAGAAGAAGAUCAAAGUCGUGGCGCAGUUCAUCGACGAGAUCCUCAACAAAGCCGACUACUCUCGCAUCAAGGCACUGUUCAGCCCGGAUUGUGUGCUGUCGGGCGGUGCGGGCGGUGGCGGAGGCAAGGGCAGCUUCCAGCGCGGCGCCGGGCACGAGGGCGUCCAGGACCUCGUCUCCCUCAUCCACAAGACCUACCCAGGCAUCGCGUUUUAUAUUGAGUGUGUGCUGGUGGACGAGAAGACGGUGCUGUGUCAGUUCAAGGCGCGGAGCGCGGCCAACAGUGAGACCGUCAUUCUGCAGGGCUUCUUCAUCAGCCGCGUGGAGAAGAGGCGCAUCACGGAACAGCAGCACUACUGGUCACUGACGGCGAUCGAGCGACACCACCAACGAACGGCCGCUGAUCACUCCUCCUCCCCCGCCAAGCCACCACCCACCACUUCCUACUGUUAA